GAAGUUGAAGGACUGUCAUUAGCAGAACAAAAUUAAGUCUGUGUAUAAGCCUAUAAGGGCAUGUAUCAAUGUUAUGCGGCACUACCAGCUUGCAUAGUGUUUCUGCAAAUUCUGUCAAUUGUGGUAUCUAACUUGAGGAUUAGUUAUUACUUUAUAACAUGGGGAAAAAUCAUGCAGGUUUACAGUCCUAUAGCUUUGGAAAUGCAUCCUCAUCUCACCCUACACAGGCAUCCUAUGUGCGCUGAGAUUAUUGAAGAAUUCCAGAAGUGCCAUGUGGAUCACCCCUUAAAAAAAUUCUUUGGGGAAUGCACAGAUCUUAAGAUUAAGCUAGAUCGAUGCUUUCGGCAGGAGGUAAACAUCUCUAUUUUAUUUUUUGGGGAUUGUGUUCAUCAAACACCAACAUGCCCAUGAUGUUUGUUGGUGUUGUUGUA